CUGUGGCAAAUAUAUCCGGAAGUCAUCUUACAUCGAGUUGCGUCACUUCACAGAAACAAGAGAACAGCUCAUGCCCUGUGGAAAGCCAGAAACAUUCAGGCAUGAUUGUGUACAAACCCUCCCACCAUUUUACUGUAAUUCUAACCAGGAAGCUCACACAAGGCUCCACGCUGCAGUUGUUGUGGCUUGUUGUUUUGACUGCAGCCCUUCACCUCUCCGUUUCACAACUCAUAAUUAUCUCACUUGUCCAUCCAUAUUCAGGCUCUAUGCAUGUAAACACAGGCAGACAGGAUCCCAUCUUUCCCAACAGGAUGCUUGCUUCAUCCACAUGCUUCUCAACAAGGAGGCUGGUCAGCAGGUUUCCAGUGUGAGUUCAGAGUGUAAAACAACCAAACUGAGGAAGCUGCUCAGUUCUCUGCAGACAGCCAGCUGACAGGAAGGAAGGAACAACUACGCUGCUACUCGAUAAAAAACUUUUGCCACUUUUAUCUUCAAUUCCUCUUCAGAAACUUUAACACCUUUUGUUCUCUAUGGAAAUAUAAACUAAACAAAGGGGGAACUAGAGCUCAGCAGCCACCCCCCCCUCCCUCCCCUUCUCUAGCGCACAAUAUCCUCUUUUGGACCCAACCAGCCCCCGUUUUUAUGUUAUCUCUUUGGUUUUAGUGUGGCACACACACACUGUGGGGAUGAUUGUCUGGGCAGAUGGUACUCAGUGUGUGGACUAGGAGCUGAGACAAGGCAGAGAGGGACAGACUUUUCGUCCAUCAUGGGAUGCUGCAGUGUGACCCAGAGGCAUACUGGAGUGGACGAGGUGGGCCCUGAUGAGAUCGAGCUCCUGGAAAUCUCUGGAGAGAAUUUAGGGGUGUGGAGUCUGGGAGAAACCAGGCUUCAGCUCUCAGUAAGGACCAGCAGAGAUGAGCAGCAGCAGCCGCCACCACCACCACCACCACCACCACCCUACCCUUCAAUAAGACGUCUGGAACAGGAGGUGGUGCUGUGGGGCAAGAGCAAAGAUGAGUUGCACCACAGGAUUUACUCUCAGCAGCCAAUCAGGGACUGGGAGGGCCAACCUGCCCACAUGUAUGGAGAGAUCAUCCAUUCCUCCCUCAUAUCUCUCUACAACAGCUACACACAGGAGACCAGUGAACACUUCCUGGUGUUGUUCUCUUUCCACCUGCUGAUCCUCUCCCUGGACCAGUCUCGACAAGACUUCAUUUAUGAGGGCAUCCUUCCCCUUUCUGGACUUUCCUUGCAAGCCGUCUCCCUGGACCCUGACACGUCACAUUCACCACACGUGUUUGAGAUCAGCAGUCCAAUGGUGGACUCCAAGGUCUUCAUAUGUGCCAGUGCUGCAGAGUUACAGAAAUGGAUGCAACACAUAGAAGACAGAAGAUACAAGUCAAUCACACAACCCAUGAGUCCCUCCCACUGCGUGCUCUCCUGUCUUUUACCCUGUGAUGAGCAAUGGAAAAGAGAAGAACUGAAAAAGUACUUACUACAAGCUCCGAUAUGGCAGUGGGAGGGCUCGCCAAUACAGCACAUGGGUCAGCUGGGAUACAUAUCUAUCGUCCAUAUCAUCAACACACAGAGACAGCAGGGACUCCAAGAAAGACUGAUGCUUCUUUUCCCUCAAGAUGUCCUGCUACUGUCAGUUGACAACAACCGGCUGAAUAUAAGUUUUGAGGGCAGGUUGCCCCGACACAGCAUCAAAGCAGUGGAGAGGUCAGCCUUGCCUGGACGGCUGGAGUUUGAGCUGAUAGGUGAGCUGGUGGAGCCCCUGCAGGUCUUUUGUACCUGUCUGGAGGAUUAUCGGAACUGGAUCUUUCAAUUACAACAGCCAGACAGAAGCAGCCACGGUACUGUGAGCCACGCUGGACCUCCAAUCAUGCCAAAGCUGCAGAGGAGCAGGAAGGAGUCCCAGGAACCGAUGAUAACAGCCGACCAGUGUCACAUCAAUGGACGCAGCUGACUCAUCAGAAUUUGGAAAAGCUUGAAAAUUCACUGUAAUUAUCAAUCUAAAAUAACGUGUAGAUAGCAUGUACAUAUUACUUUUAUGUCUAAUUGUGCCACAAAAUGGAGAUACAGCAGUGAAGACGUUCUGAAAUGUUCUCACCCUAAUUUUGAUAUAUUUGGGUAAUUUUGUCACUCUGAGGGACUGAGAAGAUACUAGUUAUCUUUCACGUGGGGACGGACAGAAACAAGGUCAUGACCUCGUUUAAGGCCAGACCACAGCUGAAGAAAUGUUAAAUGUAGAGAAUGUAGAACUGUAAAGGUUACUAAAGAAAAUAGAACUGAAGACACUGUACAUAUUUAGCUUUCAUGUCUUUACCAUAAAAUACAUAAUGUUUGACUUUCACACAAUAAACUGUUUAAAAACUC